AGACACUUGACUGGUUGACAAUGACACAUGACACUCGAGUUUCAAAAUGUAUGGUAUAGAUGUUUACAAAUAAGUUUACAAAAUACAAAAUUAUUCAUAUUUAUUAUUUAUGUGAUAUUUAUGAUUAUUCAUCAACAAGUAUUUUUUGACAAUAAUUGGCAGCAUGUGGAAAAUAAUGCAACAGUCACUCAAAUUACUACCAAGAUAUUCUUUGAUUCAAAAACCAUUCUCAUAUAGUUCAAGACUGCUUGUGGUGAAAAAAACAUGUCACAAUUCUUCAAAAGUAGCAAAUCUUCAUGGCAAAGUUCUAACUUUCCCAAGAAUUAUGACAAUUGGAAUAUCUCUAGCAAGUGGAGUGCUCAUUCAAGUUACUCACAAGAACCAGGAAACCCUUUGUGAUUCCAAUAAGACUAGACUGGCAGGCUAUGAACAAUAUUCUGGCAAACAUUCCAAAUUUGACUGGAAUCUACUAUGGGCAUACCUUAGACCUAACAUUUUAUAUUUUCUAGCAGCCAUUAUGGGAGCUUUGGCUGUAGCUAUAUUGAACAUUCAGAUUCCCCAAAUUAUGGCUGGUGUCAUCAAUGUAUUGGCAAAAUUUAAUGAGAAUAAAGAUAGUGGACUAUUUCUUUCAGAAAUGAAAACACCUGUUAUCAAGUUGGUAUCAAUGUAUGUGGCUCAGAGUGCUUGUACCUUCUUUUACAUUGUUAUGCUGUCAAAUUUGGGAGAAACAAUUGCAAAUAAGAUGAGAACAGAUUUAUUUUCCUCAAUAAUGUGUCAAGAUAUUGCCUUCUUCGAUCAGCAGAGAACUGGGGAAAUUAUAAAUAGAUUGACAACAGACAUACAAGAUUUUAAGAGCAGUUUUAAGCAAACUGUGUCUGGUGGUUUGAGAGCUGCAACACAAAUUAUUGGUUGUUCCAUUUCUCUAUUUGUGAUAUCUCCUGAAAUGACAUUCAUCACACUUUUGUGCAUCCCAACUGUUGUGGUAGUAGGAACAUUAUUUGGGUCUCUGCUGAGAUCCACCUCAAGAAAAGCACAGGCACAGUUAGAGAAAACAACUGCCGUGGCAGAUGAAGCUGUAGGUAAUAUAAGAACCGUCAGAGCCUUUGCUAUGGAAGACCAAGAACAGAUUUUGUUCAAUAGUGAAGCAGACCUUGCUUUAUCUUUGAAUAAACAGUUAGGUUUUGGAAUCGGCAUGUUUCAAGCUGGAACAAAUAUUUUCAUAAACAGUAUGGUAUUAUCGACUUUGUACAUGGGAGGAUAUUUGUUAACAACAAAUAGGCUAUCUGCGGGAGAAGUUAUGGCUUAUCUUAUGUCUUCCCAAACGAUACAAAGAUCCUUGGCCCAAAUUUCCCUCCUUUUUGGUUCUGUAGUGAGGGGGGUAGCUGCUGGAUCGAGAGUAUUUGAGUACAUCAAUAUGAAUCCGACUAUGUCCUUAAGAGGAGGAAAAAUUCUAUCUGAAGAUUUACUGAAGGGAGAAAUUCAAUUCAAGAAUGUUACAUUUGCUUACCCCACUAGGAAACAGCAAAUUGUUCUGAAGAAUUUCAAUUUGAAUGUACCUGCUGGAAAAACUAUCGCGAUAGUAGGUGCAUCUGGUAAUGGUAAAUCCACAGUUGUAGCACUUCUUGAGAGAUUUUAUGAUAUUGAUGGGGGAUCAAUCACAGUAGAUGGUCAUGACAUCAGAACUCUGGAUCCAUCUUGGCUAAGAAAAAAAGUUCUGGGAUUGAUAAGUCAAGAACCAGUUCUAUUUGGCACUUCAAUAAUUGAAAACAUUAGGUAUGGGAAGCCUGAUGCUACCGAUGACGAGGUCAAGCAAGCCGCUUCUUUGGCAAAUGCAGAUGAGUUUAUCAAUAGUUUCCCCAGAGGGUACAACACCCUAGUUGGUGAAAGAGGUGUCACAUUGUCUGGUGGCCAGAAACAGAGAAUAGCAAUCGCUAGAGCUCUUUUGAAGAACCCAGCAGUACUUUUACUAGAUGAAGCUACAAGUGCUUUGGAUACAGAAUCAGAGAAAAUUGUACAGAACGCUUUGGAACGAGCUAGAGCUGGAAGAACAGUUAUUGUGAUAGCUCACAGGCUUUCUACUAUUAAGAAAGCAGAUUUGAUAGUAGUUUUGAAUAAGGGACAGAUCAUUGAGAUGGGGACACAUGAAACUUUGCAAAAGUUAGGAGGAUAUUAUUGGUCUUUGGCAUACCAACAACAAAACAGUCCAGCAGCUUAGGAACAUAUAGGUCAUGAAUUUGAGUCUGUGAUGUUUGUAUGGGUACAAGAAAAAAUUGCGAAAAAACGUGAAUUAUUGGUACCUUGGAUUGAAAGGAAUUCAAAAACAAAAUACAGUGUGCAAGGUGUCAUGUUUAAAUAAAAUAAGCGAACAUAGGUCAAUACCUAUGUUUGGCUGAAUAUAUAGUACAAAUAAGUUCCCCUGUGAUCUCUGAAGAAUUUUUUAUCGAUCUUCUACCCUGUAUACCAGUGAUAGAUUGAUAUAUUAUCAUAAUUUCAGGAAGUACAUAAAAAUACACAAAGAACAAAUCAAAUGUGUCUAGAAAAACUUUUGGGAUAGGUAUCAGCAAAAUAUUCUGUGCUAUUAAAGUCUUUCUGAAGAUUUUUAGGAACACAAUUCGGGUUUUGAAAUAAAAGUAGCGUAAAAGUAAUAUGAUUCAAUUUAUUAUUAUGAUAUGUUUAUUUUAUUUAGAUAGAAUAGUACAUGUCAGAUAGCAAUAACUUAAUUACAUAGGUAUACCUACCUAAUAAAUUCGUUUGGAAUAUCCUGAAAUGUUGGCAGGUAUCAUCUCUGAGUUUCGUGAAUAAUCUUGAUAACAUUCAAAUAACAGUAUAAAAAUAAAAAUUACAUUAUAUUUCUCCUUCCAGGAA